GGUGCGGCCAGGCCCAGAGGGACCCAAAGACCAGCCAGGGCCAAGGCUGGAGCCACAAUGAGCCGUGGGGGCCGUAUCGGGGCCCCAGGACCCCAGGACCACGUCCCCUCCUGUCUCCUCCAGCCCCAUGAGAACCAGCAGGUGUUCGAGCUCCUGGGUCGCAAAUGCCUGACCCUGGCUACGUCAGUGGCUCAGCUCUUCCUGGCGCUGCCACCUGGGGCCCGGGGCUGGGCCAAGCAGGGCUGUGGUGUCGUUUGCUUCAUCAAGGACAACCCGCGGCGCUCCUAUUUCAUCCGCCUCUAUGACCUGCAGGGGUCACAGCUGCUGUGGGAGCAGGAGCUCUAUGCCCAGAUGACCUACAUUGCUGCCACUGCAUUCUUCCACACCUUCCCGGCUGACGAGUGCCAGGCUGGGCUGAACUUUGCACAUGAGGGUGAAGCUGAUGUCUUCCGGGCCCUGGUGGAUGAGAAGAUGAAGAAGCGUCAGCAGCGGCUUGACAAGCGGCAGCUUCCAGCUCUGCCCCCCACCAUAGCCGAAGAACGCAGGGGGUCUGUGUCCCGACCUCCCGGGGGCACCAAUGGGUAUCGGGGGGCCCCCACCCCUCCCAGCCCCAUCCUUGGCCCCACGUCUGGGGGGGGGGCCCGCAAGGGCCGCAAGAAGAUCUCCAAGGCUGACAUCGGUGCCCCCUGUGGUUUCAAGCACGUCAGCCACGUCGGAUGGGACCCCAACACUGGCUUUGAUAUGAACCAGCUGGACCCUGACCUGCGGACACUGUUCUCUCAGGCUGGCAUCAGUGAGGACCAACUGGCUGACGCUGAGACUUCCCGCCUCAUUUAUGACUUCAUCGAGGGCCAGGGAGGCCUGGCUGCUGUCAAGGAAGAGAUGCGGCGUCAGGGUCCCUCCCAGCCCUCAGCCCCACCCAGCCGCUCAGGCCCCCUACCACCCCCAGCUCCCCCUUCUGCCCCUCCCCCCCUGCCAGCAGGAUGUGCCCCUGGGCCCCAGCCCCCCCCGCCCCUGAAAGGCCGGGGGGCCCUGCUGGAUCAAAUCCAGCAAGGGGUGCAGCUGAACAAGACCCCCGAUGUGGCGGACUCCCCGCUGCCAGCCCAGAGCUCAGAGGGUCUGGUUGGGGCCCUGAUGCAGGUCAUGCAGAAGCGCAGCAAGGUCAUCCACUCCUCCGACGAAGACGAGGAUAAUGGAGGUGAUGAGGAUGAUGACGACGAGUGGGAUGAUUAAUUGCUCCACUACCCUUGCCUCCCUGCCUCAGCUUUACCCAGAAUCCCCCUCUUCAACCCUCACCCAGACCUAGCUCCCCAGAAUACCCCCCCUUCUCUCUAUUAUCCUUUAGCACCAUUGGUGAUUCUAGUGGGGAAUUAUUACCCCCCUGUAGGGUUGAAUCCAACUUACCCUGCUGCUGUGAUCUUGGCAAGAUCUAACCAACAAGCCUAGCUUGAGUUUUGAUGAUCUUAUGCUAUGGCAGUGGCGUGGAGGAAUAUGAGACCAGAACAGGGUUGAGGAAGAGUUUAGAGGGCAAUAUUCAUAUUCAGGCUGAGGUUUGCAUCCAGCAUGGCUCUAGGUUUCAAUUUAGUCAAGAAGUUAAGUUCGAUUUGAAGUGCUUUUUAUACCAGGAGGGUGGUGAGGGGUUGGGAUAGAGAGAAAUAUAAGAUCAGAGCAGGUUUGGGAACAGGUUUUAGUGGGGAGCUUCCUCUCAGUGCUGUGUUUGCCUCCAUUUUGGCUAUGGGUUUCCAUCUAGGUGAAAUGUAGCAAAAAAGUCAAGCUUGAUUUGAGGUAAUCUUUUACUGGGGUUGGUGAUAGGGGAAAUACAAGGUUAGGGCAGUUUUGAGCAUGUGUUUUAGGGUGGAAGAUUCUUCCCCAGGCUGGGUUUGCCUCCAGCAUGGCCACAGGUUUUGAUCCUGGCAAAAUCUAACAAACAAGCCAAGGUUUUAAUUCAGUUUGUCUCUGUUUCAAUCUCAGCAAGAUCUAACCAACAAGCCACAUUUGAUUUGAGGUGAACUUUAUGCUGGGUGGUGGGGGUGUGGUGAUUAACGGGUGGGAGCACAUGAGAUUAGAACAGGUUUAAGCAUGGGCUUGGAAUGGGGGAAAUUCCUCUUGGAGCUGGGGUUUGCAUUCAGCUUGGUUCUGUGUUUGGAUCUUGGCAAGAUUAAACAAACAAACCAGA